GGUGCCGUGCGGUGCGGGUGGCUCCUCUGGCUCUGCCGCGGCCGCCGCCGCUCCGCCGCCUUCCCUCCCUUAUGGAAGAGAUGGAAGAGGAGCUGAAAUGCCCGGUGUGCGGCUCCUUUUACCGGGAGCCCAUCAUCCUGCCCUGCUCCCACAACCUGUGCCAGGCGUGCGCCCGCAACAUCCUGGUGCAGACGCCGGAGUCGGAAUCGCCGCAGAGCCGCCGCGCCUCGGGCUCGGCCGUCUCCGACUAUGACUACCUGGACCUGGACAAGAUGAGCCUGUACAGCGAGGCGGACAGCGGCUACGGUUCUUACGGCGGCUUCGCCAGCGCUCCCACCACCCCUUGCCAGAAGUCCCCGAACGGCGUCCGCGUCUUCCCGCCGGCCGCCCCGCCGCCUCCCGCCGCCCUGGCGCCGCCGCCGCCGCCGCGCAACGCCUGCCUCACCUGCCCGCAGUGCCACCGCAGCCUGGUGCUGGACGAGCGCGGGCUGCGGGGCUUCCCCCGCAACCGCCUGCUGGAAGGGGUCAUCGACCGCUACCAGCAAGGCCGGGCGGCGGCCCUGCGCUGCCAGCUCUGCGAGAAGGCGCCCAAGGAAGCGGCCGUCAUGUGCGAACAGUGCGAUGUCUUCUACUGCGAUCCGUGCCGCCUGCGGUGCCACCCGCCGCGGGGACCGCUGGCCAAGCACCGCCUGGUCCCGCCGGCCCAGGGCCGCGUCAGCCGCCGCCUCAGCCCCCGCAAGAUCUCCACCUGCACCGACCACGAGCUGGAGAACCACAGCAUGUACUGCGUGCAGUGCAAGAGCCCCGUCUGCUACCAGUGCCUGGAGGAGGGCAAGCACUCCAGCCACGAAGUCAAGGCGCUGGGUGCCAUGUGGAAGCUCCAUAAGAGCCAGCUUUCCCAGGCCCUGAACGGGUUGUCAGACAGAGCCAAGGAAGCAAAAGAGUUCCUGGUCCAGCUCCGCAAUAUGGUGCAGCAGAUCCAGGAGAACAGUGUGGAGUUUGAGGCCUGUCUGGUGGCCCAGUGUGAUGCCCUCAUCGACGCCCUCAACAGAAGGAAAGCUCAGCUGCUGUCCCGGGUCAACAAGGAGCAUGAGCACAAGCUGAAGGUGGUGCGGGACCAGAUCUCUCACUGCACGGUCAAGCUGCGCCAGACCACGGGGCUGAUGGAGUAUUGCCUGGAGGUCAUCAAGGAGAACGACCCCAGUGGCUUCCUGCAGAUCUCAGAUGCUCUCAUCAGGAGAGUGCACCUGACUGAGGACCAGUGGGGAAAGGGGACACUCACACCCCGGAUGACCACAGACUUCGAUCUGAACCUCGACAAUGCCCCUCUGCUGCAGUCCAUCCACCAGCUCGACUUUGUGCAGAUGAAAGUUUCGUCCCCAGUGCCGGCCCCCCCGAUCCUGCAGCUCGAGGAGUGUUGCACCCACAACAACAGUGCCACCCUGUCCUGGAAGCAGCCCCCCUUGUCAACGGUGCAGGUGGAAGGCUACAUCCUGGAGCUCGAUGAUGGCAACGGCGGCCAGUUCCGGGAGGUGUAUGUGGGCAAGGAGACCAUGUGCACGGUGGAUGGGCUUCACUUCAACAGCACGUACAGCGCCCGUGUCAAAGCCUUCAACAAAUCAGGAGUCAGCCCCUACAGCAAGACCCUGGUCCUGCAGACAUCCGAGGACACGCAGUCAGAAGAACAGAGCCUCCCUUUUCCAGUGCCUUUGGAAAGAUCGCAGCUUCGUAGAAUGAGUCCUUUCUCCUCCACCCUUAACCUACAACCCAGCUUCUCGGGGAGAUCCUACUUUGAGCUAAGAUCUUCGGCCCACCAGCUCAGCUUGCAUUCUUCUUUACAGUCCCUGAAUUCAGCCGGAUGCAAUUUUGAGACACAAGGAACGCCUUACUCUCAAUUAGUUGACAUUAAAAAAAUGGUGGCAGUUGCUUGGUUUUCUUUCGAUCCUUCCUCUGCCCACGCUGACAUCAUCUUUUCUAAUGACAACCUGACUGUCACCUGCAACAGCUAUGAUGACAGGGUUGUGCUGGGGAAAACGGGCUUUUCCAAAGGGCUCCAUUACUGGGAGCUGUCGAUCGAUCGUUACGAUAACCACCCCGACCCGGCCUUCGGCGUGGCACGCAUUGAUGUCCUCAAGGAUGCCAUGCUGGGCAAGGACGACAAGGCCUGGGCCAUGUACGUGGACAAUAACCGGAGCUGGUUCAUGCACAACAAUUCGCACACCAACAGAACCGAGGGCGGGAUAACAAAAGGUGCCACGGUGGGAGUGCUGCUGGAUUUGACCAGGAGGACCUUGACAUUCUCCAUCAACGAGGACCAGCAAGGGCCUGUCGCCUUUGAGAACCUGGAGGGUCUCUUCUUCCCCGCCGUCAGCCUCAACAGGAACGUGCAGGUGACCCUGCACACCGGACUGCCUGUCCCCGAGUUCUACGCCUCACGCUCCGCCAUGCCCUGAGGCUCCUCCUGCAGCAGCCGCCUCUUCUGUGGCCGAGGGGAGCCAGCCCGUUCCCUGCCGCGGGCCGGGGCGGCCGCCGGGCCAGCGGCCCCUGCCUGGCCACCGCCCAGGGACGGGGAGGCAAAGCAGGGAGGCAGGGCCCGGCUCGGGGCCCUCCCGCGCUGUCCCGUGUGUGUGCGCUUCGCUGUUUAGCUCUUUUUGGCUGAUGAAGUACCUAGGUAGCCUGAGAUGUUCCUCUGUGUCCGCUUUUAGGUUUGGGUUUCCCGAUUUGGGUUGGGCUUUGGGGCGGAGGGCAGUUGUGUCAGAGCGCUUUCCCCUCCCGCGGGGCCUGCCCAGGAGGGACGCCCGCCGUGGGGAAAGCUUUCCCCCCCACCAGCCCCAUUACUUCGCAGGAUAUUUCUUUCCCCCGUGGCCUUUCUUGCAGAGCGUCCUCAGUGGCGUGUAGAGGUGGGUCCUGGAUUACCAGUCAGUCUCCACGUCCCUACCAAAACGCCUGGCCCUGUGCCCUGUCUCCCUGAGGCAUUUCCGUGGCGGGGCGGUGGGGCACGGGGCCGGUCACCCUGUCCCUGGGUGCUUGGCCUGGUGCCGAGGUGCUGAGUGCUCGCCCCCAGACCCUCACAGCCACAGCCAUACGCCGAGAGCCCUCGCCCAGCUCCUUGGAGAUGAGUGUUUAUUUUUGUAGAGUCGUCGUACAAAGCUUAGCCUUAACUACCGCCCCAUAGCGUCCUUCCCUGCACCGGGGAACUCACCCUGCAGCGAGGGUCUGACGGGGAGCCCGCGGAUGGACGGGAUGAGGAUGAUGGGGAUGAAGGAGAGCUGCCCACAGCCCCGCCACGCACUCAGGAACAGGCGGCUGCUGCUGGCAGCGGUUCCCCCUCCCUCGGCUCCCACCCCCCGCCCGGGCUGGCUGGUGAUUCAGAGGCGGAUGGGAGUGGGAGGCCCUGUUCCUGUGCCGAGGGCACCUGCAUGUGCGCGUCCCCACGCUUGGCUUUUC